UCCUCAGCCUGUAAGCGAGCCUGUAUAGGAAUCCACAUCAUGUUUUGCUGAGAAAUAGAGGGGCCUGGAUCAUGGAAAUUCAAAGACGAUUGCAAAAGCAUUUUCAGCACUUGGAAAACUUUAUUUCUUUUAAUUAGAUAUUAAUGAUCAGUGAAAGAACACAUAAGGGAAGAAGAUAAAAAUGUCAUUAGAUUCCAAGCCCAGUGCCUUCAAUAAUUGAGUGUGUGUGCUAUUACUUUUAAUACGAUCGUUAGUAUUGUGAUGUGCCCCUUAAUUAUUUCUGAUAUGCUUUAUAUGUGCCUUUAUUUUCCAGGUGUUAAUUAAUGUGUUUUUUUUAAAGAAACGCAUUUUCUACUUUUAGAGAAAAUGUAGUAAAUAUACUAACAUUCAAGUUUUGAUAUUUGCUUGCUUUUUUAAAAGUAUGUCUAGUUUCUCUAAUUAAAAUAUAAAUAGUAUUGUACAUAUCAUUGAGGAUGACUUUAUGGGAAACUAUGGGACUAAAGAGCUUUUCUUCUCUCUUAUGAGCCUUCAGGAUUUGCUUUGGGAAAAAGUAAUCAAUAUAUACUUUCGUUCUGCUCACCUCACUUUUUUCCUCAACUACUCCCUAUUGUACCACCUCCACCAGCCCUCCCACUCUUCCACCACAUCAUGUGAUUUGUGCCGGUGAUUGGAAGACGUUUGCAUACAUAAUCCCAGGGGGCCUAAUAUCUACAGAUGCUUCCAUGGAGAUAGUUGUAGAUGAUGAUUAUGGAGAGAGUUGUCAUUCUUGAAAUAAUUAUCACGAGAUAAGCCUUAGAGAGGAAAUAAUACAUAAAGAUAUGGCACAUAUGAGGUGAAAAUUGGGCUAGAAGAACUGGAAGGAUUGAAUCGCAAGUACAAGGGUGAUCUGUAUUUCAGAAGAUGAGGGAGACCUAGGAGUUGUAAUGUGUCAGGAUAUUUUAGGCUGGGAGUCUAGAAGGAAGGUUCCACUUGAAGUAUAGGUCUUGAAGAAGUCUAGGAGAUUUCUAGAGAAGGGAAAGAACACAAGCAGAGAAGUGAAGUGAAGGGUAUGUUUGAGGAACACCAAGUAGUUUCAUUUAUAGCAGAGUUCAAGAAGAGAAAAAAGUUAAGGAAGAAAAGUAAGUUCAGGGCUAUACUGUGAAGAUCCUUAGGUAUCAGAGUAAACAGUUUGUAAUCAGCCUGUGUGGGGAAGGGGUUUGAGGCUCCUUCCUCUCAGGAAGUUGGUAUUUUUCAUUAACUCUGCCACGUUUCUGUACUGUCUCUUCCCUGUAGGUAAGGUCUUUUGUCACAUUUAUUUGAUUUAUAGCAUGAAUGCUGAAAAUUCCAGAUUUAUUUAAUAUAUUGGUUUUUGGCUAUAUAUAAAUCACUAUGACUACAUAGCUCCCUUUACAUUUUAUGUACUGAUGUUUAUUUCUGGUACUAUAUGUAAUAAAUAUUAGAAAAGUUUGCUUCAUGCAUUAUACAUAUGUCAGUAUGUACAUGGUUUCUGUAAGUUGAGUUAGUUUAAGAGUACAUUUGCUUAAAGCAGGUAACAAGUCUUCUUUCUACAUAUUUCAAAUUCAAUAAAUCAUUAACAGGUUGCCAAAUCAGGUCUCAUUUUUUCUAAUUUGAAUUCAGCCAUGAAUUCAUUUCUUGGAACUAAAACACCCUCAACAAUCCAUCUCUUUCUGUUCCCUUCUCCUUUAUCUUAUUGAUGAGGAAACCAGGGUCAUCUCAAAGUCACACAAUCAGUUAACUGGCAAUGCCAGGGCUAAAGCUGGGUUAGCUGGUAUCUUUCUACCAUACACCUCUUCUUAUCGGAAAGUGACUAACAAAAAGCAAAGCAGUGGCCAAUGCACAUGUACAAUUUAAAAAGUUAAUUUCAUAGACCACAUCAAAAUGAACCAGUGAAUUCUAUAAUUUGGAUGCAGUCAUUAUACUUUUAUUUGUUAACAGUAUUACAUCAGCAGGCAUGCAACAUUUCUAACAAAUCAGUUAUUGUUACUACAAGUGGUACCCCCAAGUUCCCCCUAACAAAAGCCUGUGGCAGUGUUGGGAACAAAGAGAAGAACACUUCACAACGGGAACAUUUUCCAUCCUCCAUAUGGGUACAUUAUUUUCAUUUAUAAUUGACUGUAAACACCACCCCCCACCAAAUUUCUAAGCUCCCCCCAACUGACUGAGUGAACACCUCCACCAAGCAGAUUCCGAAGAAACCUGAAAAACUAGUUCAGGCCAUGCUGGGAAGGGGAAGGUCAGACAUGCCUCAUUAUACUCUCCUCUCUUUGGAGUUCGGACACAACUGACCAGUAUUAAUAUUAAAACAAGAGAUCUUCAUACAGACAAAACAGACUCUUCUUAGCAAUAAGAUACCAAAAUUCCAACCUGACUCUAGUAUAGCAUCACAUGAAAGAUAGCAGGCCCUAAAUCAAAGCAUUUUACCCUAAAAUAAAUUUCUUUGACACAUUUUGAAAUGGUCCUGCACAGCCAUCUCUCGUGGGGAAAAUCUACAUUCUAUAGAGACUCCCUUUCCCUUUCUAGGUCUUUUCCUGAUCCAAGAGAGAUUUAACUAAGAGUCUGGCAUCUUUUUACACGUGAUAAGAGACGUUUGCCAAUUAUUCUCUCUGAAGCCUGUUACCUAUGAGACUUCAUCUACAUAAUAAGAACCUUGGUCUCCACCUUAUCUUAACCCAGACACAUUCCUUUCUAUUGAUUCCAGGUCUUUAGGUCACAACUUAACUCUUUCAACCAACUGCCAAUCAGAAAAUCUUUGAAUCCACCUGUAACCUGGAAUCCUUCCCCUUUUUGAGUUGUCCCAUUUUUAUGGACCAAACUAAGUACACCUUGCAUAUAUCAAUUAACAUCCUUAUGUCUCCUUUAAACCAUAUAAUCCCAAGCUGUAGCCCAACCACCUUGGGUACAUGUUCUCAGGACCCCCUGGGGUUGUGUCGUGGGUCACGGUCCUCACCUUGGGCUCAGAAUAAACCUCUUCAAACGUUUUACGGAGUUUGGCUUUUUUCGUCAACAUGAGCCUCUAACAAUUGGUUACUGGAUCAUCCUGAGGAAUCAAGGCCCUAGCACUUAAAGACCCAUAAAUAAUCCUGCAUGAUAUUCACUGUGUAUUCUAUGUAGGUGUAAUUUCCAAGCUAAAACAUAAUUAACCCCACUAAUAGACACAACAAACAUCCUCUGUAUUAUUAGCACGCACACAGGGCUUUCUCUGCUGCGAGUGGACUUGUGUCCUUGCUUAUAAUUCUGGAACCUUCUCUAGGAGAGAGGCUGGUCUAAUUUAUCUCUGUUGACCCAGGGCAGGCAUGAUGCAAGGCACACUGGAAAGAAUGUUUGAAUGUUCAGGCUUAUAAGUGACAGAAAAGCAGCUUGUCUGAAAAAUGAUUUUUUUCUGGCUUCUAACCAGUGUUAAUUCACUUGGAAACCAAGGCAGUUUUCUCCCCUUUACUGAACUCCGGAUUUCUUUUCCACUCAAGGCCCCUGACACCAAAGAAGGAAAUGGAGCGUAAAUCAGGCUACAGAGUGGCUGCCAUUCAUUCGGUAAGCCUUACUGUUUUCCGUCCUUUGUUCCCCUCUCCACCCUUGCCAACCCCCAGGCCGCGAGGACCUCUGAAGCCCUGAGCCUGGAGCGGUAGGAGACGGGGGAACUGAAACGCCGCGGAACCAGAGGCUGAGGGAGCGGCGCGAUGAAGGGAGGAGGAGCGACGGACCGGCAGGCCUAGCUCCGGGGCUGCGGCGGCUGAGGCGCGGGGAUGGAGCCCCUGCGGGUGCUGGAGCUGUACAGCGGCGUGGGCGGCAUGCACCACGCGCUGAGAGAAAGCUGUAUACCUGCACAAGUGGUGGCUGCCAUUGAUGUCAACACUGUCGCUAAUGAAGUAUACAAGUAUAAUUUUCCUCACACACAGUUACUUGCCAAGACAAUUGAAGGCAUUACACUUGAAGAGUUUGACAGAUUAUCUUUCAAUAUGAUUUUAAUGAGCCCUCCGUGCCAGCCAUUCACAAGGAUUGGCCGGCAGGGUGAUAUGACUGAUUCAAGGACGAAUAGCUUCUUAUAUAUUCUAGAUAUUCUCCCAAGAUUACAAAAAUUACCAAAGUAUAUUCUUUUGGAAAAUGUUAAAGGUUUUGAAGUGUCUUCUACAAGAGACCUCUUGAUACAAACAAUAGAAAAUUGUGGCUUUCAGUACCAAGAGUUUCUAUUAUCUCCAACCUCUCUUGGCAUUCCAAAUUCAAGGCUACGAUAUUUUCUUAUUGCAAAGCUUCAGUUAGAGCCAUUACCCUUUCAAGCCCCUGGUCAGGUACUGAUGGAGUUCCCCAAAAUUGAAUCUGUACAUCCACAAAAAUAUGCAAUGGAUGUAGAAAAUAAAAUUGAAGAAAAGAACAUUGAACCAAAUAUUAGCUUUGAUAGCAGCAUACAGUGUUCUGGAAAAGAUGCCAUUCUUUUUAAGCUUGAAACUGCAGAAGAAAUUCACAGGAAAAAUCAACAGGAUAGUGAUCUCUCUGUGAAAAUGCUAAAAGAUUUUCUUGAAGAUGACACUGACAUGAACCAGUAUCUUUUGCCACCAAAGUCAUUGCUGCGAUAUGCGCUUCUAUUAGACAUUGUUCAGCCCACUUGUAGAAGGUCCGUGUGCUUUACCAAAGGAUAUGGAAGCUACAUAGAAGGGACAGGGUCUGUGUUACAGACUGCAGAGGAUGUGCAGGUUGAGAAUAUCUACAAAUCCCUUACCAAUUUGUCACAAGAAGAACAGAUAACAAAGCUGUUAAUGCUUAAACUGCGAUAUUUCACUCCUAAAGAAAUAGCAAAUCUCCUUGGAUUUCCUCCAGAGUUCGGAUUUCCUGAGAAGAUAACAGUGAAACAGCGUUAUCGCCUACUUGGAAAUAGUCUCAACGUGCAUGUAGUAGCUAAACUAAUCAAAAUCCUAUAUGAAUAAUUUUGAAAUAACUCUGAAAGAUGGUCAUAUGAUAUUCCUUCAUUUUCAGAGAGUAAUUCUGAAAUUCUAUUUUGAAUUCUGGUGAAAUUUAACUAAAUUAUUUUAAUCUGUCUUUAAUAAGAAAUUUGGAUUUUAUAAAAAAAACCACGUGUUUCCUCAAAUUUAUAUUACUGUAUUUUAUAAAAUACGAACUAUUGUUAUGCUUUGUGGAGAGUAUAUUUUCAUAUGAAACUGGUAAAUAUAUAUGUGGAAUAUUCUUUUUAAAAAUGAUUUUAUAAACAAAUCAAGGAGCACUAGAGCUUUAGUUUCUACAUGAGUAUCUUGUGAAAUGUCAUAACAGGCAUAACAUUUUUAUGUUAAUUAAAGAAGUUUUUUAUUUCUAAUUUUAAAAUAAUGAUUCUAAUUCUAGCCCAUUGAAUGUUUUACUUAAUUUCCAAUCCUGUAAAUAUUUCUUUAUUUCAUCUAAACAAAUGCAUAUGAUAUGUAAACCAAAUUAUCAUUAUUCAAUUUAUACAGCAGUCUGAAGAAUAUUUCAGGAAAAAUAAUCCUAAAUGUUUGAUUACCUCUCCAUCAAGCGGCCACAGAAACUGUUGGUGCACAUUAUCUACAUUUUCCUCAGCCUCUCAUCUGAAGGACAAAACUCAUUUUUCCUUCUUCAUUUUGUAUGUACUUUCCUUUAGUUGGCUAUUAUCAAAGCUUGUUUUUGUCUUCUCAGCUUCUGAGUUGAAUUUGCCUUUGCACACUGAGGAAUGUAGCAUGACGUUAAGAUUUCAUGAUCAGAGGAAGUUGCCCUCUGAUCCCAUGUCAUAUGACACUACUCCCCUCCCCGCAGUUGUUCUUUACUGUGGCAACAUACACUGUGAAUUAACUUUUAUGACUUUUAACUUUCUCUGUCUCUCUUCCUCAGCAGACCUCUUGGAAUUAGGGUUUCUAAUCAAACUAAGUGUUGCAUCAUAAAUUCUAUGGUUUGUGAUAAAAGCAAGUGACAAAGAGAAGAGAGAUGGAAAGAAACAAGUCCAGAAAUCGUAUUACAAGAUUUUAAUUCAAAUUUUUCUUCUUAAAAAUCAACUAUUUUGAGGUGGAUAAAUUGGAAGUUUGUGCAUUGCUUGUGGGAACGUAAAAUGGUUCAGCUGCUGUUGGAAAACACUAUAGAGGUUCGUCACAAAAUUCAACAUAGAAUUACCCUAUGAUUCAGCGAUUCCAUCUCUGGCUAUAGACCCAAAAGAAUUGAAAGCAGAAACUUGAACAGAUAUUUUUACACCAGUGUUUAUAACACCAUUAUUUACAGUAGCCAAAAGGUAGAAGCAGCCCAAGUGUCAUCCCAUUCACCCAUGAAUGGAUGCAGGAAGUGUGUUCCGUGCAUGCAGUGGAAUAGUACCAGCCUUCCGCAGGAAGGAAAUUCUGACAUACGCGGUGACACGGAUGAACCUUGAGUACAUUAUGCGAAGUGAAAUAAGCCACUCUGCGGGGAGGGAGAAUGGGUAGUUAGUGCGUAGUGGAUACAAAGUUUCUGAUUGGGGUGAUGAGAAAGUUCUGGAGGUGGAUGGGGAGGAUGGUUGCACAACAGUGUGAGUGUACUUAAUGCCACUGCAACUGUAUAUUUAAAAAUAGUUAAAAUGAUAAAUUUUACAUUAUGUAUAUUUUACUGCAAUUGAAAAAAUCAUACUUUAUUACCAAUUUUUCAGGACUCAUAGAUAAAUAUGAAUAUAGGGAAGCUGUAAGACAGCCCAUAUACAGAAACUAUCACUAUCUACAUUUUUCAUAUGUGUUCAGACAGAGCCUAUUACAAGUCUCAUAAAUUUCAGUAAACAAUCGCAAAUUAUUUUGGCACACUUUCAUGUAGGUUCUGUUCACUGUUGAAAUAUUCUAAAUAAAAUGGUUUAGAGUUUCACUGUAACUACGAAUAAUUAUGCUAUAAUUAUAGUAUCCCACAUUCAGUUGAGCAACAUUAUACAAAAUAAGUGUCGAGUUACUGUGCACCAACUAUAAACACUUGAAAGGUCUGUAGAGACAUUUGCUUACAAACUGGAAGACAGAAUGUAGCUUAGUGGAAUUCUUAAAUUAUGGAAAUGUAUUCACAGGAAGACGGUGAUUCUUGCCCUUAAUUCAUAAUUGAAAAUAUACAGUAACAAGCAUAAAACUCACAUCUUAAUGAAGAUGUAUCUACCAGUGUCAUUCAAUUAGCAGAUGUAUAUGUAUGCAUAAUUAAUUUGGAAAAUGUUAUUUUAUGGAAUGUCUGCUAUAUGCUUUUGGUAAUAAUGCUGUAUAUAAAAUUUGCACUGGAAAUUCUGUUUCCUGAUAUUUGGACUUGUACAUUUAUUCAGAUGUUGGAAAACAUAGCUUCUCAUUUUCGGAGAACUAUGUGUAAUUCAGUCUUCACCAUACCUAACAGUAAACUGAUUUUUCAUUCUC